AUUGUCAAUAAAUCUAGGUUGUGUGAAAAUCCAACACUCGGAAGAAAUAAGGACGGAACCUCCAUUAAUUUGUCUUUUUUGUUAUCUUCACGUAUCACCAUACCCUAUCAGAAACAACUUGCUCGACGAGAACUCAGCAACCACCACAAAUUGCUUCUUGUAAUAGCCAUACGACCAUAUGGUUUACAUUCAUAGUAGAACCAUAUGGUUUGCAUGCAACAUGCAAUUGAAACCCCAGAAAACCAUCGUGGUAGUCGGUAUUGCCGCCGACAAACUUAGUUUUAAAAAGUUUGCCCUUGGCGAGAGGCACACUCAGGCACAAGUCCUUGAGCUUCUGACUGCCGGUGGCGAUCGGUGGUCAUGAGGCGCAUGUAUGAGGUGCGCCUCAUGGAAGAUUUUGUGCAUUAGGAUGUUGUACAUAUAGGUUACGUAUAUAAAAGUAUCAUAUACAGAGCUUAUUUGUACCUAUGUUUUGGGUAGGUGCCAUAGAAGCGUAUGCAAAAUAUAAGGAAGUUUAUAUAAAUACCGUGCGCAGAAAUUUGAAGCGGCGUGCUUUAGCGCCUUGCACCUUGGCUAGGGACUCUAUCGCCUCGGUGCUCCUCUCGCUUUUCAAAACCAGGUAAACAAUAGUUAAGGUUCAUUUUGUCAUGAACUAUUUUUUUUUAAAUAAAUUUGUAGUUGUCUUGGUUUUAUAAAGAGAGAAAGGCACAAAAGCAACAAGGUCUAAAACCAAGGCCCGAAACGGCAAGAGCAAAAGGGCCCCACUUUUCGUGCCCAAGGUUCAAAUAAUUAUAUAACGUUUUAUAUAUUUCCUAUAGGUUUCUAGCAUCAUUUGCCCAAUAUUUAGACACAAAUAAGCUUUAUAUAUGAUUUCAAAUUAAAUUUAUAUACAUCUACAACCUGAAAAGCAUGUUUUACAACAAUCUACCGCACAAAAAUGAUGGAAAUACAUGAGGCACGUGCCUCAGGGUUAACCUUUUGCCAAAAAAAGGGGCCUCGUGUGCGCUUUUUGUAAAACUUGCACCUUGUGUAGGCUGAGGCGCUGAGGCAUGCGCCUGAUGGCGACUCGCGCCUAGGCGCACCUUAGGCGCGCUUGUUUAAACCAAGAUAGGUGUAGUGUUUGUAUAAGAUUAUUAUUGUUAUAAACAAUAAAUUUGGUCUUUAAUUUUCUUAAUUUAUGAGGAAAAGUUUAAUUCAAGUUUGUUGAAAAGGGGCCGGAUCCUAUGCGUAAUAUCUGCGUAUUUACUUCCACACUUUCUAUAUAAUGGUUGGUGAUGAGGCCUUAGAGGGAUAGAAUACCAAAACCCUAGAAGCAUAAGAGCGCCGUCCGACGUCUCCAUCCAUACGCUCUUCUUCAGCCGCUGCCCUUGAUUAAUCGUUCAUUUUCUCUUUGUUUCAUUGGAAAGAGUUGCUUGAUCGGUGUGUUCAUAAUUCGGAUUUUUUGAAACUCUCAAUCAACUUUAUCAAACCCAAAACCGGACAAAUCAUCGAGGCAAAUGGAUAAGAAAUUUGUGAAGAAUCAGGAUUCCAAGAAGGUAGCCGUGGGUCCUAAAGGCCAACCAUUAGAAAGCAACAACAGAAAAGGGGAAAACCCUAUUCGAGUCCCACCAACCACAGAGCCACAAGGUUCUAGAUUCCCAACUACAUCGAUCUGCAGGAACACUGCAUGUAAAGGUGUGCUUUAUGAUGUUGACCGCUUCUGCAAGAGGUGUUCAUGCUACGUUUGUCAUUCAUUUGAUAACAACAAAGAUCCUAGUCUUUGGUUGGAAUGCGCAUCAGGUUCAUGUGGGUCAACUUGCCACAUUGAGUGUGCCCUCCAUCGACGAAAGGUCGGAGUGGUUGAUCGUGGCCAAGGGAUGCGGCUCGAUGGGAGUUAUCGUUGUCCGUCAUGUGGUAAUACCUCAGAGAUCCUUGGGUAUUGGAAAAAGCAGCUGACUGUUGCUAAAGAGUGCCGCCGUGUCGAUAUCCUAUGCUAUAGGAUAUAUUUGAGUUUUAGGAUUCUAAAUGGCAUAUUAAGGUUUCAAGACCUUCAGAAAUUUGUUAUAGAGGCAAAACAAAUAUUAGAGACGGAAGUGGGCCCACUGGGUGAGGUGUGUGCCAAGCUGGCGCGAUUUACUGUAAGCAAACUCUCUGUCGCAGGAGAAGUGCAAGCUUUGUGUAAUGCUGCACUCCAAAAGGCAGAUGAAUUUUCUGCCACACGUUCUAGUGCCCCAGGUGGUAAAGAAGGCUCUGUUCCUCAAAUGGAAGGAACAUCUGGUGCCAAACAUGCUGAACCAGACUCUAUACUUAAAGGCCGAGACUCUGGGAAACUGCCACAACUAACUUGGGUUGAUGUUGAAGAACAAGGAGGCUUGGAUGAUAUAUCAGGUCCAGAAUUGAGUGGGCUUGGUCAUCUGGUCAAGCACAACACUUCGAAAGCUGACGGGUCACCAUCCACGUCAAACGGGCUGCACACGAAUAUUGUAAUAGUUCCUGACGUAGAUGACGAAGCUGCUCCGAAAGAUAUCCCUAGGGAUGAAGCAGAUCUCCGUGGUAAUGUGGAUGAGAACUAUGAAUACUGUGUGGUGUUCCGAAAGCUUGAGCGUGAAGGGCACAUCACGAAGGAAUUUAGACGAAAACUGUUCACGUGGUUUCCUCUGAGUUCAACCGAGCAUGAACGUAGAAUGGUUGACGCUUUCAUCCGAACACUCGGGGAUGACCCUCAAAGCUUAGGAGAACAGUUGGUUGACUCCUUUGGCGAUAUCGUGAACAAGAAAAGGCCCAGAAGUUAAUUCUGCAGUUUCUUGAUACAGGUAUUUUCCCCCUCACCAUUAGAGCAGCUGGACUGGACCUCAAAUCUCACUGGUGGGUUUUGUACCUGGUGGGCUUGAGCCGUAUAUGGAUGGAUGGCUUGAGUUGAGUUUCUUGAUCAGUGAGAGAUGAAGACGGGUGUUGCAGUAGAGAGAGAUGAAGAAGGGUGUGAUGAGUGAUAGAAAGCGGAUAGCAGGUGGUUUUUGAUCGAUGAGAGAGAGAUAAGAAGUGAGAGAGAACAUGAGUCCAAGUACUUUUGUUAGAAGUAAUUUCAAUUCCAAUUCCUUAUAUGUCCCAAUUAAACGAAUAAAAUGUAAAUUCCAAAGAAAUCUGUGAACCAAAUAGCCUGCUAUUCUUUCUUGGCUUUGUAAACCUGGCUUUUUGUUUUUCUUUCCUUUCUGAUGUGGCUUAUGUGCCACUGGAAUAUUAUAUACAAGUUAACGUGAUGAAUAAGACUGUAUAGUUGUAUAUCA